GUAGCGCUGACAGUUGUAGGCACCGGUUCGUUACUGAUUUAUCCACACAAUGAGAAAUUUUAUCUUCAUAAUUCUGUGUCUCAGUUUAUUUGCAAGUCACGAUGAAGCAGCAAAAAUUUUAGCAGUAUUUCCGAUACCUUCAAUCAGCCAUCAAGUGGUGUUUCGUCCUUUAACACAUGAACUAGCAAAAAGAGGUCAUGAGGUCACUGUCAUCACAACAGAUCCUGCUUUCCCAAAAGGAAAAGCGCCAGGAAAUUUAACAGAAAUCGAUGUACAUGACAUUUCCUAUGAAUUAUGGAACAGAAUAUUCAUGGCUUCAACUAAAGGGAAUAAGGAUGAUGUGAUCAUGGUCAUGAGUGCUAUAACGGAUGCGUUAACUGCUAUAGUAGACGCUCAGCUCAAAGAUGAUAAAGUGCAAAAUCUACUUCGUGAUAAAAGCAAACAUUUUGAUCUAUUAUUUUUGGAAGCUUGUGUGAGACCUGCUUUAGUAUAUUCUUAUAUUUACAAAGCACCAGUGAUUCAAAUAAGUUCUUUGGGAGCGGCUUUGGAUAAUUAUGCUAACGUUGGCGCAUCGGUCCAUCCGUUCCUGUAUCCAGCAGUGACUAGACAAAGACUGCAUAAUCUGACUCUGGUUGAAAAAAUCAAGGAACUGUAUUACGAUUUUAUGAUCGACAAAGUGUAUUUCAACAGUAUGGUUAAAGAAAAUGAAAUGCUUAACACACAUUUUAAAAAUAUUCCUCCAGUGGCUGAAUUGAAUAAUAAUGUGGACAUGCUGUUCCUGAAUGUGCAUCCAGUGUUUGAAGGGAUUCGACCAGUGCCUCCAUCUGUGGUGUAUAUGGGAGGUUUGCAUCAGAAACCUAAUAAGCCAUUGCCAGAGGAACUCAAAUCUUAUCUAGAUGCAUCUAAGAAUGGAGUGAUAUACAUAAGCUUUGGUACAAACGUGGAUCCCACUAAAUUCGCAGCUGACAGGAUUGAAGUUCUCGUGAAAACAUUAUCUCAGAUGCCUUACGAUAUUCUAUGGAAAUGGAACGAUGAUGUUCUGCCUGGACGCACUGAUAAUAUUAGGAUAGCAAAAUGGCUGCCUCAGCAAUACCUUCUACAACAUCCAAAACUGAAGCUGUUCAUCACGCAAGCUGGGUUGCAGUCAACAGAUGAAGCUAUAUCAGCUGGUGUACCUCUAAUUGCCAUCCCUAUGUUUGGUGACCAAUGGUACAAUGCAGAGAAAUAUGAAUACUUCAAAAUCGGCAAAAAAUUGUUCAUGGAGAGGUUGACUGUGGAAGAAUUUAAAAAUGCUAUUAAUACUGUCAUUAAUGAUGAAAGCUACCGAAAGAACAUUGUUAAACUACGCAGCGUGAUGCGUGAUGAAAUCGAGACUCCACUAGAGCGCGCCGUUUGGUGGACGGAACACGUGCUGCGUCACGGCGGCGCGAGACAUCUGCGAGGACCUGCAGCCAACAUGUCGUGGGCAGAGUACCUCGAACUAGAAUUAGUGUUUACCUUACUAUUAGGACUGUUAGCAGUAAUUUCAGUAUUAUUUGUAAUUCUUAGAUUUUUGUACAAAAUAAUGUUUGCAUCUACUAUCACUGUUAAAAAGUCUAAACGUAGUUGAUUGAAAUAAUUAUUGUGAUAUUUUUUUAUUUUCUUGUAAAUAUCUAGUAUAUUUUUUUUAUAAAUAGGU